AUGGCCCGCACCAAGCAAACGGCGAGGAAGAGCGUGGGAGGGAAGGCGCCGCGCAAGUAUGCCGCUGCGGCGCAACAACAGCAGCAGCAGGGCAAGUCCGGUGGUGGAUUCGCCAAGCCACAGGCCAUCUCCAACAAGCGCGGCAGGAGAUCCUACGCGAAGGCACAGGCCAUGCCCAGUGGUGAGGAGGAGCAACAGCAGCAGCCACAGGCGAUCCCGGAGAUCACCUACACCGGCACCCACGACACUGCGUUCUACGCGCACUACUUCAUCACCGGCGACAAGGAGAAGGACGAGGAGGUCAAGUGCCACUACGCCCAGGCCCACACCCGCGACCCGCUCACGCAGGCCGAGGACUGCUGGGUCGGCGUCAGCUACAACUCCAAGUACGACGGCAUCGGCAUGAAGACCAACACGCAGGGCCGCCACAGCAACCGGCCCGCGCUCAACCUGGUGGUGGCGCUCGACAUCUCUGGCUCGAUGGGCGAUACCUUCCGCGGAGACGACGAUGACAACGACGAUGAUGACGAGUCCGAGUCUGUCGGUGGUGGGCAGAAGAAGCUCCAGGUGGCCAAGGACUGCCUGCUCACCCUCCUCGCCCAGCUGCGCGAUGAUGACGCCUUCGGCCUGGUGCUCUUCAACAACAAGGCCUCGGUGCUUCAGCCGCUGACCAAGUGGGCCGAGAUCGAGAAGGUCGGCCUGGAGAAGGCCAUCCUCAAGCUCCGCGCAUGUGGUGGCACCGAACUCACCGAAGGUUUCAAGGCGGCCACAAAGAUGUUUGCCAAGGCCGAGGAGGGACCCAACAGGUCGAGUCAUAUGGAAGCUGGUUCGGAUGACGAGAGAAAGUUCAUCGCCACUGUCAAGCAGAAUUCCGAGGUGUCGCUGUGGUCCACAAUCAUCGGCAUCGGCAUGGACCUGGCUCGCGACACAGUGGAGGAGACCAGCAAGACUCCGGGCUGCAACUACGCCACCGUCAUCUCCAACAAGGACUUCCGCGAGAUGAUCGACAACGAGUUCGAUUACACCGUGACCCCCACCGGCUUCAACGUCAGCCUUGGUAUCAACUCUGACGUGUGGCAGCUUCACUCGGGCUACGGCUCGCCCGAAGUGAGCAACCUCCAGCCCGGCGGCCACGCUAGGCACUCCACCCUCUUCCCUUCGACCCAAAACGAGAAGGGUGAGACUCGGGGCGGCCUCUUCCUGUUCAAGGUCAGCCAGAAGGAGCCCGCCGGCCUUGACUCGCCUUUCACACUCGUAUCCAAGUGGGACAACCUGUUGGGUAUCGAGCAAACCGACAUCAAGCAGCUCCAGUUCAAGGAGGGCCACAUUGAUGAUGUCGGCAUCCGAAAGGCCGUACUGCUUGUAUACUACACCGACUUCAUCAGGCCGUACCUGGAGGUGAGGAACCAGGCGCUGGGUCUCCCGUCGAUGGCCGCCACGGUCGCUGCGCCCAUGCCCACGCGCUAUCUAUCGCUCAUCACGCCUGCCAACCGCUUCCAGCUGCUCAAUGACUUCAUCGCGUUCUACAAGAAGGAGAUGGAGGCCAUCCAAGACCCUUCGCUUAACGACGAGCUGACUUUCCUCGAGACCGUUCGCAAAGUCGAGCAGCCCUUCUUCCCGGAGAAGAUCUCAGCCGACGUGGAGAAGGGAGGAAACGUUGGCGGAGAAGUCGAGGGCGAGAAGAAGAGAAAGCACGAUGACGUGGAGCAAGGAGAUCAGGUCAAGAAGGACAACGUUGAUGAUGAAGACGACGACGACGACGACGACGACGACGAAGCGGAGGCGAUCAAGCGGAGGAAGAUGGAAGAGGCUGACGAACAGCUUGCCAGACAGCUGGCAGCUCAAGAAGAAGCGCUCGAAGAAGAACAGCAAAGCGGUGUCGACGACAUGCAGAGAGGCGAUGAAGGCGACGAGGAGGCCAACGGCCAGUGCGUCGUUUGCUGGACGGAGAAGAAGAGCGUACUCUUCCUGCCCUGCCGCCACCUGUGCUCGUGCAAGGCCUGCGGCGACAAGACCACGCAGUGCCCGCUCUGUCGCAAGACCAUCCAACAGAAGACCGACGUCUUCGUGUGA